UGUGUGUGUGUGUGUGUGUGUGUGUGUGUGUGUGUGUGUGUGCUGUGAAGAGAAUAAAAUCUGUGCUUUAAAGGCUGCAGACAAUUUACUCCACCAUAAUUCUCAGCAUAGCUUGUGAACACACCAGUCUUGAGACAUGUCUAAGCUGGAGCAAGCCAUUGUGGCCAUAGUGGAGGUGUUUGAAGAGUAUGCUGGAAAAGAUGACCAGAAAUCACAGCUGAGCAAAGCCGAGCUUUCAGAGCUCAUUAAAAACCAGCUAAGCAGUGGUGCGUUCAAGGACAAAGUCGAUCCGGAGAAUAUCAAGGAGGUCAUGGAUGAUCUGGAUAAGAACCACGAUGGAGAAGUGAACUUCCGUGAAUUCAGCCAGUACGUGGCUUGUCUAGCCAAAGGCUACUACAAGAAAAAGCACGGCGACAAUAAGCCCUGCAGGAGGAAUAAGUGAACCCUCUUCACGACUUUGUUGCCCCUCAAACAGUAGUCAUUUGCAUCCUAUAAACUCCCUAAUCUUUUGCAUAGUAAAAAGUAUCUCUUUUGUCUCUACUAUUGUCUUUCUAUCUCUACUGUGCAAUGAUAAUGAUAAGAGCAAAUGUUAUAUCUAUUCUAUUUAAGAUAUGAAGAACACAGUGCAAUGAUGAUUUACUGUCCUCUGGUUUUUGAAUAAUAAUAAAAUAGUUUUGUGGGUA